AAUAUUAAUAAAAUGAAACGUUUGUACGUUAUAAUAUUGUCACUUACCUUAGUAAACGUAUUGUUAGCUGCAUUAGAUGACUAUGACAAGGAGGUUAUCAGAACCAACAAACACAUCGAGCUUGCAGGAGAUCAAUUGCGAACAGUAAUAAGAAAUGCCAUUUACUAUAAAAAUUAUUCGAUGGAGGAAAUUAAUUUUAUGUUGGCAGUACCGGAUUUUGCAGACUAUAACCGAACGCUGAGUUUAUGGUGCCAGAUACAUUUGCGAGCAUUAAUAAGGUAUACAACAGGUAUUAAGGGACCUGAUAUAAACGAAGCUGAUUUUGAAGAAGUUGAUCUCUCAGUUUAUGGGAACGCAAGAAGGGAUAUGGCUAGAGAAGCUACAAAAAAUUUAAUUCGGGCUGAAAUAAGUGAAAGAGAUCCAAACACCUUAAAUUUCCCUUUGCUGUGUCGUUUAAUAGGAUUGUGGAGAAGUAUACAUUGCCCAGAUUUAUGUAUAACGCAUGCUGUUGACGAUAAUGAAACUUGUACUCUAAACGCUAAAAACAACAUCAUUACCUUAAUAUACAGAUCCUUUGAUGGCACAAUCUGGGAAAUGAAUGAAAAUAAUUACCUGAUUCAACCACUUGCUGAUCAGUUAGGAUAAUUUGUAUCAGAAAUUGUUAGAAUUGACUUAUUUUAUGGUACUAUUAUUAUUAUAUUUGAAUAAUUUUUGCAUUAAGCUCUAUUAUAUAAAAUUUAAGUAUUUUAUGUUUAACAUUACUAUUGUCAUUGUAUUUAAAUAAUUGUGUUAUACCAAACUAAUAUUCAAUGUAAUGUAUUCAAUAAUAAACAG